CCGUCCCUCCUCCUUCCGCCAUUUUGGCCUCUGCCUCUUGUCGGGUCUGUUCAGUUACCACGUGAAGCGCCCGGCCGGGGCCCUGACAGGCCAGGGAGGAGGAGAGGUACAUCGCUGACACACGGGACUAGUCACACCGACUACCGUGAGGAGGAGGCGAAUCGGGCCACAGCACGAGGGGAACCGGGCGAGGGAAUCGGGAGGAGUAGAACGGCGAGUCCGACUGGAGGGGCGAGCAACGGCCGCGACAUGCCGAGCGUCAGCCUCCCGCCCAAGGAGAACGCGCUCUUCAAACGGAUCCUGCGAUGUUAUGAACACAAGCAAUAUCGAAAUGGGUUGAAGUUUUGUAAGCAGAUUCUUUCCAAUCCCAAAUUUGCUGAACAUGGGGAAACUCUGGCAAUGAAAGGAUUGACUUUAAAUUGUCUUGGGAAGAAAGAGGAUGCUUAUGAUCUUGUACGAAGAGGACUGAGAAAUGAUCUAAAGAGUCAUGUCUGCUGGCAUGUAUAUGGAUUAUUACAAAGAUCUGAUAAAAAGUAUGAUGAAGCCAUCAAGUGUUAUAGAAAUGCAUUGAAAUGGGACAAAGACAAUCUGCAGAUCCUUAGGGAUCUCUCUCUGCUUCAAAUCCAAAUGCGAGACCUUGAGGGUUACCGGGAAACCAGGUACCAGUUGCUGCAGUUGAGGCCAGCACAGAGGGCGUCUUGGAUUGGUUAUGCUAUUGCGUACCAUUUGCUUGAAGACUACGAGAUGGCUGCAAAGAUCCUUGAGGAAUUUCGGAAGACCCAGCAGACUUCUCCCGAUAAAGUUGAUUAUGAGUAUAGUGAGUUGCUGCUUUAUCAGAACCAGGUUCUUCGUGAAGCUGAGCUGUUUAAGGAGGCAUUGGAUCAUCUUUGUACCUAUGAAAAGCAGAUCUGUGAUAAGCUAGCAGUGGAAGAAACAAAAGGAGAUUUACUACUGCAUUUGGCUCGAUAUGAGGACGCAUCAGAUGUGUAUCAGGCUUUGCAGGAGAGGAGCCCUGAGAACUGGUCAUAUUAUAAGGGUUUAGAAAAUGCCAUGAAGCCAGCCACUGUAGAAGAGAGACUGAAGAUUUAUGAGGACAGUUGGACUAAGUUUCCAAAAGGUUUAGUGCCAAGGAGACUGCCUUUAAACUUCUUAACAGGUGAAAAAUUUAGAGUGUGUUUGGAUAAAUACUUAAGAAUGAACUUCAGCAAAGGAUGUCCUCCAGUUUUCAACACUUUGCGGUUGUUGUACAGUGACAAGGAGAAGGUGGAGAUUAUUGAAGAUCUUGUCGUAGGUUAUGAAACAUCACUAAAAAGUUGCCGACUGUUUAACAUUAAUGAUGAUGGAAAAGAAGAGCCACCAACUACAUUACUGUGGGUUCAGUACUACUUGGCACAGCACUUCGACAAGAUUGGUCAAUCAUCAUCCGCUCUUGAUUACAUUAAUGCAGCUAUUGAAAGCACACCAACAUUGAUCGAACUGUUCCUUGUGAAAGCUAAAAUAUACAAGCAUUCUGGUAACAUCAAAGAGGCUGUUCGGUGGAUGGAUGAAGCUCAAGCCCUGGACACAGCAGAUAGGUUUAUCAACUCAAAGUGUGCAAAGUACAUGUUGAAAGCAAACAUGAUAAAGGAUGCUGAGGAGAUGUGCUCUAAGUUUACAAGGGAAGGCACUUCAGCUGUGGAGAACCUGAAUGAAAUGCAGUGCAUGUGGUUCCAGACCGAAUGUGCACAAGCGUAUAGAUCUAUGAACAAGUAUGGCGACGCGCUUAAAAAAUGCCAUGAAAUUGAACGACAUUUUGUAGAGAUCACUGAUGAUCAGUUUGACUUCCACACUUAUUGUAUGAGAAAAAUUACACUCAGGUCAUAUGUGGACUUGCUGAAGUUGGAGGAUGUACUCCGACAACACCCAUUUUACUUCAAAGCUGCCCGACUCGCUAUAGAAAUUUACCUGAAACUUCAUGACAACCCUUUAACAGAUGAGAAUAAGGAGCAUGAGGCAGACACAGCCAAUAUGUCAGACAAAGAGCUGAAGAAACUGCGCAAUAAGCAAAGGAGAGCUCAGAAAAAAGCUCAGCUGGAAGAAGAGAAAAAGAAUGCAGAGAAGGAGAAACAACAAAGGAACCAGAAGAAGAAAAAGGAGGAUGACGAUGAAGAGAUUGGAGGCCCUAAGGAAGAACUCAUCCCUGAAAAACUAGCAAAGGUGGAAAAUCCAUUAGAAGAAGCUAUUAAAUUUUUAACACCACUAAAGAAUCUGGUCAAGAACAAAAUAGAAACCCAUCUAUAUGCAUUUGAAAUCUAUUUCAGGAAAGAAAAAUUUCUUUUGAUGUUGCAAUCUGUGAAGAGGGCAUUUUCCAUUGAUCCUAACCAUCCUUGGCUCCACCAGUGUUUGGUCCGUUUCUUUUGUGCAGUAUCCGAGAGCAAAGAACUAAAUGUAUCCCUUAGAACAGUGUUAAAACAAGAAAUGAACAGACUUUUUGGUGAAACAAGUCCUGCAAAUUUUAACAAUGCUUUUCUAAAAGAGCACAAGGAUUCUAUACCCCACCGGUUAGCAGCUGCCAAAAUGAUGUACUAUCUGGACCCUUCAAGUCUAAAGCGAGCAGUAGAGCUAGCAACCGCAUUGGACGAAUCCCUUGCUAACCGAAGUCUCCAAAUCUGCACUGAGGUGCUGGAAGCCUUGCGUGAUGGCAGCUUAGGAGACAACAAAGAAACUGCUGAGUCCUACAGAGCCAGCUGCCACAAGCUCUUCCCUUAUGCUUUAUCUUUUAUGCCACCUGGCUAUGACGAGGACAUGAGUAUCACAAUUAAUGGAGAUAGUUCAGCAGAACCCGAAGAACUGGCGAAUGAAAUGUGAACGGCUGAUAUCGAACAGACAUUGGACCAUAUCAACUAUCUAAUAUUUUUGUCACGCACCUGCUGUAUUGCUCUGUAACUUAUGUGGAGAAUGAAAGGAGUAAAAGAAUCAUUGCCUUUAAAGAUUGUUUUACUUUUUUUAUAUCCUGCUGAAGAUAAAAAAAAAAAUGGAUUCAUGAUGUAUUGGAGGAUAUGGGUGGAUCGGUUUCUUUAAAUAACCUUUGCUGCUAAAAUAUAAAGAGGGAAUAAAAUCUGAGUAAGCUGCCCUGUUUUUAAAGCAACUAAUUUAUGAAAAAUGUCAAAAGGGUGUUACAGUGGUCAGAGCAGGUGUGCGGCACAAAUAUUACUUCCAAUCUUGUCUUUUUAGAGAUGAAUGCUCCCGGACAGCACACUCCUAAUAAUGUCAGAGGGGCCUGUGUACAGACAGCUCGGACAUUGCACAGGGUCAGAAUGCUGUUUUAGCACUGGAUUUUUUUCUUUUUUAUUGAGCACAAGAGAUGUUCUGGAAUUUCCAGGUCAUUUGAAGUACUCCACAGUUUGCAGAGACCUAGAGAGGAAGUGUGAUAUUCAGUGGCAUAUAACAAAAUGGGUAUCUGGAGAAUAGCGGACAUUCUGCAACAUACAGUAUAUUAUCUUAAGAAAAGUUCUCAAGAUACUGAAAGGUGUUUGUGCUUUACACUUUUUUUUUUUUUGUUAUUAUUAUUAUUUUUGAUCGGUUUUAGAAUAAUCUAUUUGAAACAAACUUGAGUAACUUUCAAUAAUAUAAUUUGGAAAAAAACUAGGCCCGACACUUUUUUUUUUUUUUUUUUUUAUUACUAUUGUUUUUGCCAAACAUUGAAACUUUAUUGCAAGAACCAAAAUAAUUCAUGCACUGUGUUGUGGCAUCAACAGAAGUGGUUUAGAAAAUCUGCCGCCUUUUUUUUUUUUCUGGUGGAAUGAAAUGCAGUGUAAUCCACCCACAUUUUGGAGGCGUGGCUUCACAGUAGGCUGGUGGUCUUUCGGGACAAGUACAACCUCAGCAGGCCUUGCUUAUAUUAUGCAGAUUAAAAAGAUACUGCAAUUUAGAUACCUCUGGAUUAUUUCCACAGUGUCACAAAUUUGUUAUACUUGAAACACUUGAUUUCUAAAAACUCUACUACUUGCUCAGUUACCAGAGUGGCUCUACACUUUACAGUGGAGCGGCAGAUACUGUUUUCCCCUCUUCCAUGACAGACCAGCUUCUUCUCUCUGCAGUUACCUAUGUUGUUUCUUUUUUUGUUGUCAAACAUGAGGUACCAAAUAUAAUGCAAUAAAACAUUUUGAAAAAUGUUACUAGUUGAGCCAAUCUAACGGAAUCAUGUGAUUCCUCGGUUAACGCUACUGCAUACACUUGAGCCAAUUUGACUGAAUCAUGUGAUUCCUUGGUUACAGCUACUGUAUAUACUCAAGAGUCAGACACAUUCUGAGAGAACUAAAACUCAGACUUUGGUAGAUGCUGAAAAACGUAACCACCUAUUGGUGUCUUAUCCCUGGUGGUAGGUGCAGCAUGGGGUUCUCAGAACUGAAACCUACAAUCAUGCCAUCUCACUCCUCCUCUGCUAAUGUCCAAAAUGUCAUUGAAAUUAAAAAUCCAGUAGGGAAUGUGAGAUUCCCUUUUAAUGCUAUAACAGGGACCUGAGAAUUUUCAUUCAGACUUUCUAGUCACCAAAUGCCUUGCAUAACGUAGGAAGCCUGUGGAUGUGUUGAAAUACUGGCCAAAAUUUGAAAGGAUCAGUUUUGUUUGGUCAUUUAAAAAUUGAUACGUAUUUUAAUAUAUAUUGUACAUUUGACAAUGCUUUACAUACCCAGUGAGUGGAUUUAGCUCCACCUAAAACUGAGCAGAGUGUAAGAAAGGACACAUGCGUACUUCUCUUGCUUCACCCUCUGUAAUUUACCCAGAUCUUUCAGGUGCCUCUGACUCUAAAUGGUACUGAACCAUGAAGACAAGCCACAAAGUUUACAUAUCCCUCCAUUUAACUGACGAGUGACUGCAUGAGGGGGUAUCGAGACAGAUUGGCUUGAUUCAGUGCAUUGCAAGCUUCAUGAGAGACAAGAUUAUGAACUUUGUUAUGGCUUGUUUUCCAUCCUUCCCUAUUUAAAUAAAGAACUUGUCCUGCUUUUA